UAGUUCUAUUCGCCGUAGUGAAACAUGCCAUAAACAAUAUAAAUUCAAAAAUUUUCUAAAAGCAUAUUGAAUUAUUUAUAAAAAAGUUAUGGAAGUAUGGCAUGUAAUUUUUAAAAUAUAUUAUUUUAUUGAACAAUAAUAUUAUAUUGAGCAAUUUUGAAGAUGAAUUGCGAUCAGAAUGUUUUUGAGUCAGGUAUUUUUCAUAAUGUUAUUGAAGAUAUUCAUCUUAAUAACUCAUUUGCAGAAACGAUGUGUAUUUCAAAAAACUGGACGCAUUUCAAAGGACUGCAAAAAAAUAUUACUCCUACAUCGACUGAUGUUCAAGCAAGAUAUAUUCCACCAAAAUGCAGCAUAGCUGGAAAUUCUGCACAAACAGAUUAUUCUAUUGAAGAGACAGUUGAAUGGUUAAAAAAUUGUCAAGUGCUGGAUUUAACAUAUGAAAAAUUGCAAUCAUAUUUGAAAGUGGGUGAUCCAGGAUGUAUACAGCUAAAUAGUUAUGAUUUCUGUGACAAGCAAAUAUACGAUAGUAUAAAACAAGCAAAGGAUGUAUUUGACGAAUUUGGACAAGAAGAGGUUGCAAAAUCCAGAGGAAGAGCUAAUUUAUUUGAGAGAAUCAAGUCUUUAUUUUUUAUGAAUAGAGCAGCUUUGAAAUUGGCCAACAUUGAUGCUGUUACCAAUUUUAUGUUCACUAAUAUUGAUAAAAGUGACCAUCACUGCGAUUCAAAGGGACCAUUUUAUUUUGCUGAUGUCUGUGCGGGACCAGGUGGAUUCACCGAGUACAUUCUCUGGAGAAAAUCAUGGUUAUUUAAGGGUUUCGGAUUUACCCUUAAAGAUGACCAUGACUUUCAAUUGUAUAAUUCAUUUUGCGCUUCGCCUUCUUCUUUUCAAACUCUUUAUGGCGCAACAGGAGAUGGCAAUAUAUGUUACCCAGACAACAUAGCUGAUUUCAAGACUAAGGUUCUAUUCCAAACUGGCCAAAAAGGAGUGCAUUUCAUGACAUCAGAUGGUGGUUUCAGUGUUAAAGGAAACGAGACUAUGCAAGAGGUCCUUUCGAAAAAUAUUUACUUGUGUCAGUGCCUGGUAGCCUUAGAAAUUGUCAGACCACAUGGUCACUUUGUGACUAAAAUGUUCGAUGUAUUCACCAGAUUCAGUGUUGGCUUAAUUUAUUUGAUGUAUAAAUGCUUCAAGAAAGUUACCAUCUUGAAACCUAACGCAUCUAGGCCAGCAAAUGGCGAAAGAUAUCUAAUUUGUUGCGACCUCCAGAAGAAUGAAGAUGUGGAAAAUAUUCGCAAUUACCUUAGUUUUGUUUCGAAAAAACUGUGGGAAAUGAAACACGAAGACAAGAAUGUUGUAUUAGAACUAGUACCAUUGAAAAGGAUUAAAAGUGAUUCCACAUUUUAUGAUUAUAUCCUGAACAGCAACAACAAGAUAGGCAAACGACAAAUCGCAGCAUUGAAAAAAUUGAAAUUUUUUUGCAAGAACCCUGGUCUGAAGGAGAACCGACAACUUGAUUGCCGAAAAAAAUCAUUAGAAUAUUGGCAUCUACCGGAUCGUUUAAGGCAGGAUUUUGAUAGUGAUAAUAAACAAAGAAUAACAUGGCUGGAGGACUUUUUGGAUAAAACUGACUGGUUGAAAGUUCCACCACUACUGAUUGAAAAUAAAAUAUCCCUGCAAAAUAUUUACGAUUACAUGGAGGAUUGGUCUUUCUGUGCACUUUAUUCAACACACGAUAAGAAUAAAUGUAAUAUAUAUGGCGGAUUGGGCUCAAAAACUUGCAGGUGGCAGGACAAAGGUUGGGUCAAAGUCAAAAACCUCAAAUUAAGCCCUGGAACUGUUCUUUAUGGUGAAAUAGUAAAGGAGACCAUGAAAAUCGAAGGAAUGGAUGAAUAUGACGAUCGUUACAGACAAUGUCUUCACAUAAUUGAUGCUAUGUAUUUAGGAGAUCAAUGCUUGACCGACCUCACAUUUUCAGAAAGGAGGGAUUUGAUUGGCAUUUAUGCAGAAUCGCUGAACCAGGAAUUCGAAGAGAAGAGAAUUCGAAUCAGAAAAAAACCAAUUCACCCCCUCAACUCAUUGUCUCUUUCAAGUAUAAUCCAUAAAGACUGUAAUGAAAUUGGCUAUCAGCAUAUUUUACCAACCAUUGGAUUCCAGAGUAGGAGGGAAUUUCACAGAACCAAUUCGAUUAUGUUUUUGAAAAAUCGAAGAUCAUCAGAAGAUGUACCCCAGCAACUAAUGUUUGCUUUACGCACUCAAUUAUUUUUGGAUGAAAAAGGUGUCCCAUUGUUUGAUGAUUUAGUCAGAAAAUUGAAGUGAAAGAAAGACGAGAAUAAAGGGAAUUUACUAUAAUUACUGAACACAUAUCAGUAAAGCUCAUCAAAAAUAAAGAUGGAUUGUAAAUUAAAAUAUUCAUCUUCUUAAGCCUGAGUUCACCCAAGAAUCUCAAAUGUAUCAAAUAUGACGAAUGUUUUUCACAAGAAAUCAGAGACUUAUCCUUAUAAAUAAAUAAAUUAUAGGCAAAUGGAAAAUAUCUUGUAAUAUUUUGUUUUAAUAUAUGUGAUCAAAUGACCAA